UGGCAACGCCGCGCAUCAGCUGUUUUCAGCCGCAUUUCGAUUUUGUAACAGUUUGCAUAUUUUUUUUCUAUUUAAUUUUUUUGAAAUAAAUCUAUCGAAAUGCAAAGUCUUACGCGUUUGCUGAGCACAACGCUGACCCUGCAAGCGCCGCUUCGCACGGCGCCGGUCAUGGCUCUGCAGCAGUGGCGCAGCAAAACCAAAGUGGUGGAGAAACCAAAACCAGGUGCCGGCCAGCAAUUCCGACGAACCGUGCACUUUCCGGAAGAGUAUACCGUCGAGCCGCUGAAGAUCACCCAUUUGGCUGGUCGUGAUCCGGUCUCCGGUCGGUUGGUGGCCAAGGGCAUUGGCGGUGGCAUCAAGCAGCAGUAUCGCUGGGUUAAAUGGGUGCGGGAUGGUCCCACGGAGGGUGCCCAGGAGGAACUGGUGCUCGAGGUGCUUCGCGAUGGCUGUCGCACCGCCAAAGUGGCCCUGGUGGCCGUCGGCGAUGAGCUGAAGUACAUCCUGGCCACCGAGAACAUGAAGGUUGGCGAUAUCCUCAAGACCUCGCGCUUUAUUCCUAGGAUUCCAGUGCGACCCAACGAAGGCGAUGCCUAUCCAUUGGGCGCCCUGCCCGUGGGCACCCGCAUCCACUGCCUGGAGAAGAACCCCGGGCAGAUGUGCCACCUGAUUCAUGCCGCCGGCACCUUCGGCACCAUUCUGCGCAAGUUCGAUGACAAGGUGGUGGUGCAGCUGCCCUCGAAGCGGGAGUUCGCCUUCCAGCGCACCUGCAUGGCGACGGUGGGUCGCCUGUCCAACCCGGAACACAACAAGGAGCACGUGGGCAGCGCCCAGCGGAUGCGGGAGAUGGGCAAUCGACCCCGUUCCGGUCUGUGGAAGCGCAAGGAAGGCAAACACGGACGCAAGAUACGCCGACUGCCGCCCAUGACCACAAUAUCGCCCCCGGCUCCGCCCAAGGAGGAGGCUAUUAAGUUGACGCUGCCCCUGUGAGGAUCUUCCUUUAAUUUCUAUGUGUCACACAUUAUAUAACUAGUACUAGAACUACA